GCGCUAGCGUCGUGAAACACCUUUCAUUGUAUUGACUAUUGACUGAAUCAGAACAUACAGAAUAAUGUAUAAAGUUAAUUUAACUUAUUAUUGCCUUAGUUCUUGUUGAAAUUUAUUGUAAUAUGUCUUAGUGUAAGUGUAAUUAUGCCUCCGUUUACGUGAAAGUGAAAGAAGACAGCCCGUCGAGUGCUACGCGGCCAUUUUACUUGCAAUGCGGCAACGGUGUACGAUCCGCCAUUGGAAACGGCUAGUGUCUUUUUCUGAGUGUAAGAUUUGUAUUUUGUUCAUUAUCACGGUAUAGAAACAUCGGUUAACCAUGUGUGAUACAAGUGUAGUGCGGACUUUAGUGUAGUGAAGCACGGUGGUCGGGUGAUUCGAAUAAUGUGCAAACGAUGGAAAACGAAGUGAAGCAGCGCAAUCAGAGAAAUAGGCGAAGGGAGCGGGCACAGCGCAUGCAAGCACAGCGAGAGAGCAAAGUUAAGGAUGGGGACAGCGGCGAGGACGAGUCUCCGGCGAGAGAGAAGCCUCCUCGUCCUCCAGCCAGGAGAAAGAAGUCGCGGGAGCCGCUGGGAGAAGAGGAUAUCAUUGAUGGCUUCGCCAUAAUGGCAUUUCGCACCUACGAAGAUCUAGAGGCUGCUGUAAAAUGUGCUUCCUCACCUCGCACCAACGCGCUGUCUACAAAGCCGCGGCUGCCGCUUGCGGCGCUGGCGGCGGACGCAGCGCGCAAUCACCCGCCCAACAACGUCAACUCUCAUGGUAUUACGCUGCUUCAAGACGCUGGCACGUCGGAUGACAGUGGACGGGCGUCGGAACGGCUUACAGGGAGUUCGGUCGCACCUCGUGAUCCAGAUUCCUCCCGCGAUCGCCUUAGUGACGCCAGUAGCCGCUGUAGUUCCGGAAAAGGCUAUAUCUGUGAUAGUGAAGGCGACGACGAUAAGGCGAGUCCGGAAAGUAGUAGAAAUGCAUCACCAAGAUAUAAUGAUGUAUCAAUGGAUGAUGCAUCAGACGCAGGCUCUCUGUUCCGGGUAACGGGCGCGGGUGCUGGUGGUGCCGGCGGCAAAAACGAGUUAGUGGCGCGGGGAGGCAGCGGCGGCGCGCUGGCUCUGUCGCGCGCCCCCGUCGGCGGCAGCGCCAGCCCCGCGCCUGCGCCCCUUCCGCAACCAGCGCCAUCGCCCGCGCCCGCCGCGUUGCCACCGCCCGCGCUCCCUCCGCCACCGUUCCGAGCAGACACGCCGCACAGAAACAACGGCGCACACAUUCCCACCAUCGAUGGUCACGCCGCCACUCAAAUACCUGCUCGACCUGUCGGUGCCGCAGGACCCGAUACUCCCGAGCGCCCAGCUAGCAAUAACAAAUUACAACCGGGUGCUCGCGCUGCUGCCGAUAGCCCGACUCCGGCGCCGCCAGCACCUCCCGCGCCGUCGCCGCUCUUCCCCUCGCACACCGCCUAUCAGUCGCAUGCCACAGCUGCGUUGCCUGACUACCGUCACACUAACCAUGAGACGCGGACAGAACAACCGGAACAGCCGUCAGCGCCCCUCGACUUGCAUGCGCACCACGCGCCGCGCCCGCCGCCGGCGGCACCACCACCGACUACAACUCAGGCCUCUCACCCUAGUCUACCUAGCCGCGUAACGCACCCGAUGAUACCUGCCCAAGACAUCCGAAACACAACAUCGGCCGCUCAGAACCACCCCUCCGUUCCUACCUCGUACCCCAACCGCGUAAACGGUAUGCCACCUAGUGUCACGCCGCAUUCGACGCCAUCCUCGAACACCAACUGUCUUCCGAGUCAAACCUUGGCCGGUAGGCCGGCCUCUCCGGUCGCUCCGACCUCUCGUCCUUAUCCCGCUCCGUCGAUUGGGUCUAGUCAUAUAAACACGAGUAUAAGUUCCAGUAUUCACAUGCCCUAUCAGACUCAACCAAGUUUGCAGAAACAUUCCGUUCCGUCAGCAUACGCGAAUCGACCUCCACAUCUCGCUCCCUUUAGUGUGAGUAAUCACCUCACUUCGAAUCACGUCUUGACUUCAUCUUCAGGUCAGUCUUUAACACCUUUAGGCCAUCCGCUGAAUAGCCAUUCCGUUAUGAAUCACACAAGCCAUCUUUCUCUAAGCAACAGUAGUCCAUUGACAGCGACGUCAACUCCAAAUCACAUAGGUCCACCACUCUCUUUGUCCUCAACGACCAGCACGAUAUCGAGUUUUACGACAAGCCUUAAACAUCCUAGUCUCAGUUUGCCUCCCCACGCGGUCCCGUUGGGCCCCCCUGUGUCGUUACACGCUCCGAUGAAUCACGUGGAAACAUCACUGGCCACGAGUGUGGCUCCGAGCAUCACUCCCGUCACAAGUAGUAGUAAUCACGCGCUGGCGCCGCCGGUGGUAGACUCAAGGCAAGCGGUGGUAUCGUCGAGCGAGCUUCCCUCAAGGACUGAGAGCCCGUCGGUGACGUCACUCGCUUCCAACGGGUUCCCACCGCCGGCUGUGUACUCCGGGACCAGCUACCCGCCGUUAUAUGCGCCUUACGCCACCACACUGCAGCACAGCCCAUACCUGCCACCUGCAGCAGCAUCUCCAAGGAACACUACAGACACGAGGACAAGCCUAUCAGCAUCGCCGCUAGUGGCCCCCAAAACGCCUAAAGGAGUGCGGCCCCACACGCCCGGUUCGACGGGCGCUGCGGGCUCGGCACCGUCACAUGCGCCCCUCUCGUACUCGCCACGAGGACACAGCCCGAACAGAGAGCGGGAAAGUUUCAGCAACAUCAGCAGUCUGUCGCGCAGCACGCCGGCGUCGGCGGCCAGCGCGCCGUUGGCGGCGCCGCUCGCGCCGUCGCUCGUCGCGCCGCUCGCCGCACCGCUAGCGGCGCCGCUCAGCUCCGGGCUAGGCGCGCCUCUAGCCGGCCCGCUGGUCGCACCGCUGGGUGCGCCGCUCGCCGCGCCCACGCCCACGCCCGCAGCACCCACGCCCACGCACCUCACGCACUCCCUCGCGCCCGUGCCCACUGUGCCCAGCAUCAGUUCCAGCGCCAAACCGCCCGCCCACUGGGGGGUAACCAGACCUACGGCGUCGGACCGCGUGAGUGGGUUUGCGCCCGCACCGCCGCUGUUUGGGGCGCCGCUAGCGCCGCCUAAUCCGAAUCCUUUCUCCGCCGAAUCGCUCUUCCAAUCUAGUCCGGGCGCGGACUUGCUCAGGCGCGAGCUCGACAACCGGUUCUUGGCUGCGGCGGGCGCGCGCACCGAGCUGCACCACCACCAGCACCAGCACACGCACGUGCACCAGCACCCGCCGCACGCGCCGCCCCACCCGCACGCGCCGCCGCACGCGCCCGCCCACGCGUCCCCGCACCACCCGCACCAGCUGCUGCCCGUAGUGUCGGCCGCAAGCGACCCUGCCACUAAACCACCACCACGUCCCGCUGUCUCGAAAACUGGAAAAUGGAACGCUAUGCACGUAAGGAUCGCGUGGGAGAUCUACAACCAUCAACAGAAAGAGAAGUCAGGAGGUAGCACGGUGCCCCCGGGAGCCGUCGCCGCCGCCGCCGCUGACAAGGACAAGCUGCGCGCCUUCCCCGCGCCUGCGCCGCCCCCACCCGCCGCCUACCGCUCGCCCUACGACCUGCCUCCACCCUAUCUUCCGCACCACCCGCAUCUAGGUGCCGUCCGAUACGACGACGCCCGCAACGCCGCUCUCGUCAGCGCACCUCUAGUCGCGCCCACUGACCGAGGCUUGCGCGUUUCAGGCGUCUCGCCGUUCGGACGAUACGGCGCCGGCGCCUUCCCGGGGGCGCCGACCGCCUACGGACUAUCUGCCUACGGGCGCGAGUUCGCACUCUCCUCGUUGCAUGGCGUGCACCACCCACCGCCAUUGGGGGCGCUGCACGACGCAUGGCGCGGCGUGCGCCCUCCAGUCUCCGCCGCCGCAGACGUGCGCCGCGAGCACGAGGAGCGCGAGCGCGCGCGUCGCGAACGGGAAGAACGGGAACGGCGCGAUCGCGAGGACCGGGAGCGACGCAAAGCUCGGGAAAGAGACCUCGAACGCGUCCGCACGCGGUCGCCGCUGCGCAACGGCACCGUAGAUAUGACCAAGGAUGAGCGGAAGGAGCCGCCGCGACCGCCGCCGGCCGCUCUGCCAGCUUACCCGCCGCCGCCGGCGCCGUGGGACCCGUACCGACCGUUCGACCCGCUGCAGCACAUGCGGUUCGCGCCGCUAGUGGAGGCGGCCAUCCGCGCGGAGGAAGACCGCGCAAAGAUGCUGAGCGCGUACGCGCACCACCAGCAGCUCAAGUCCAGCCCGCUGUUGCACCGCGCGCUGCCGCCGCACGCGCCGCUGCCACCGCUGGGCGCGCACGCGUCACUGGCCCCGCUGGCGCCGCCGCUGGCCCCACUAGCCCCGCUGGCCCCGCUCGACCUGCUCAAGAAGGAGGAGCCACGAUGAUAGCGAAGCGCCGCGACCGCCGCGCCGUCUCCCCCCAUGUACAUAGAGUAGUGUAAACGACGUCGCGAGUGAGAGUUCGACUAAUUUGAUGUAUAUCGUUUCGCAUUAUCGGUUUAGAGAAUUAUUUAUUGUAACGUCGCUUGCCGAACGACGGUCGCUAGUCUCGUCGCCCCGCCCGCCGCGUCGUGUUCGUAGUGUAAUGGUUAGUGCAGCGGCCGAGAGUGCAAUAUGGGACGAGGACUCCGGGCGGAGGUGCCGCCGGCCUGUACACUACCGCUUGUUUAUUUACUUGAAAUAUCUAUCGAGUUGUUAUUGUGACCAUUAUUAGUUAAUUAUACAUCAAAUCGCUGAUUAUGUGAAGGAUAGGAUUAUCAGAAUCGCUAUCGAUAUAAUUAUACAUAUUUAUAUAUACUUAUAAAUAAAAUGUAAAUAUUAGUAUGUAAAUUAGUGUUAUAAUAUAGAAUUGGUUUAUUUAACGUCAUACAAAGGAAAAAAUCCCAUAAAUUAUUAUUGUAUCGGGAGUUAUAAUUUAGACUUCCGUUAAAAAUCUCAUAAUGGUUUUUCAAUUGUACCAGUGGAGUUUUAUUUAUUUAUUUAUACUCCUCUAAAUAGUGACAUCAUGAGUUAAAAAAGGAAACAACUUGUUAUAAAUAGUGAUUGAUACUUCAUUUUUGCAUUUAAAGUUGUGAUAUUAUUGUAACUUGAAACACAUUUUGUCUGACUUCAAAGUAGUGUGUAUUAUCUGGUAUUAUAUAAAUGUAUUAAAUGACAGUAUGUUCAAAAUUACAAUUCCAUAAAUAGUCAUUAUACAUUUUGUUAUAUAGUAAUCAGUAUCAUUGGUAUCAAACAACUUUGGCAACCCUAUGUACAGUUCAGUAUGUGCCAUUUAAAGAAUAUUUAUGAACAUAGAGUCAGACAAAAUUGGAUUUAGAGUCAGAUUUAAAUGUGGCAUGUCAGAUGAUUGCGUUAUCAAAAUGUCGAGAAGCAAAUCCGAAAAUGUAUUAUAGUUCACAAGAUCAUUCUGUAUACUAAAAGGUAAUGAAAGCUUGGUGCGAUUCAGAAAAUACCAUUAAAACUUUUGAUUUUUAUACCAAGA